GAGAGAGAGAGAGAGGGGAAGGGUUUUUACUCCCUGAAGCUCUGCUAUUCUCCUCAUACACAUUUGGAGGAAGAUGGCUGCUCUGUUGCUUCUUCUGGUUUGCGUUGGAGCUGGGCUGCUUUCUGCCGAGGCCCAGGAUGCUUACAGCCAGCUGCCCGACGUCUACAAGAAAGGAGUGGACCUUGCCUUGGAGCAGCUGAACUCCCAUGCUGGGGUGAAGCACCAUUUUCGCUUUUUUAAAAGUGUGGACAAAAGCGAGCAUGAUGUUGGGUUUGGUACACGUUUCCUCUAUCAUCACUUUUACCUGAAGCCCACCAGGUGUGCCAAAGGAGCAACAAUUUCAGACCUCCAGAGUUGCCCAUUCAGGAAUGACAGACCGUUGAUGGAUUGUGCCGUUUGCUAUAAAACCCAGUCUGACCAGCUAGAAGACAGUCCUGCUCCGUACGUUCACUGCAUCCAUAAGCCGAGGCUCACACAGGCAAUGACGACAACACGGUGGGACCACUGGAAGACGAUGACCUACAGCACCGGAGGUGCAACUAUUAUGGCCCUGUCCACUGGAUAAAAAUGCUCCUCCUUAACUGUGAAGUGCCUUGUUAGAUGAGCAGUGAAAGCUUCACACAUGCAUAUACAUAAAUAACCCUGUCAAAAUAUUUGCUUUUUUAUUUUACAGUUGUAUCUGACAUAUAAAAUGCUGUCAUGAAAUAUCAAGCUCUGCUCCACUUUCCGUUCAUUUUUAUCUUGUUAAAGUCAUUGUAUUCUAGACACCUUUAUGUAAAAUGAAAUAUUAUUUUCUCUGGUUGUAUCUGUGACAAUAAACUUUUAUGCAAUGACUGUA